UCCACUACCUUUUUUUCUCUUAAGUCUGUCUUAACAAGAAGAAAAUUAGCUGAUCUGUUAUUAAGAAAUGGACGAAAGUUUUAUCUGAUAUCAUUGAAAUAUGUGCCACUGUUACAUAUUUAAUACAUUAUUAGAUCUAUUCACAUUAGAGAAACUGCAAUAGUACUUACUAAUCAUAUAUUUAUAGAUGUUGUUCAGGUUUUGUUCCUCAUCCCUUAUUAUUAUGUUUCAUUGUUUCGUAAACGAAACUCUCGUCUUCGCUGAGAUAUGGCCGGAUCCGGUUGAUGAUGGCCGAGAAAAUUAUCCGAAACCAACCACCUGGGCAAACAAACAUUACGGACAAUGGUGUCGCAAUCGAACUGUAAGCAGGUCAAUUCAAUGCCCGAUGGGCUCAGUGUUCCAUUAUUAUUCCUGUUGCGGUGAUACGGGCACCGAAUGUUGCUUCCGAUUACAACCUACCGUUAUUGCUUAUUCACUUUCUGUAGUAUUUCUUGUUGUUGUUUCUUUAGCAUUUUACUUUUUGCUAAAAUUGAAUUUGAUUUGUCCAACAGAAAAUGACAUAGAUAAUAAUGAAGAAUAAGGUAAUUAAAUCAGUCCAUUAAAUCAG